CAGACCUACUGAGAAGGUUACAUUCUGAAGACUUUUUGGAAACAUACAGGGAAAAGGAUUCAAUAUUAAGGAGAAUCAAGAGAAGAGUAAGUAGAAUGAAGUGGACCAUACUCUUGGCUCAUCUGUUGGUGAUUUGGACCAUGACUGUAGCUGAAGGUACAGUCCCAAAACUUAAAAUAAAAGUGGAAGAAUUCUCCUCGGACAAGAUCAUAGUAUCAUGUCCUGAUGGUUACACAUUUCAACGUACUAAUAUAUCUACUCAAACAUUGGAAUACAAGGAUGAGAACUCAAACGAGUAUAUAUGCGAGAAAGCCCCGGUCUCAAACGAAGACCAGGACAAAGACCAGGUCAAAAUCUAUGUGAAAUUUCGGACCUGUGAUAACUGCAUCGAGCUGGAUACAACUGCGGCUGUAGGGAUGGUUGUGGGAGACCUGGUGGCCACUGUCCUGAUUGGAGUAGCUGUCUACAGUAUCGCCUCACAGCCCAAAGCAACACUGAUCACCGGCAAGAAAACAUCUAGCAAAAUGGGGCUCAUCUGCAAUGAGGCGAGUGCAAACGAAGACCCCAUUGGCCACUAUCAGCCCCUGAAUAAAAGGCGCAUGGACAGAUCUGAGUACAGCACUCUGCCAGAAAGGAGAUAAAGAGAAAAAUCAAAUGUAAAGCACACUCUUUAAGCUCCGUUCGAAGAUCCGUUUCGGAUUGAAACGUAGUCAAUAAAGAGGUGAAUUGGGAGCUUUAAUGUUGUGCGGGCCAUCUUGUUCUUUACUAGUGUUCUUUAUUAGCCCAGCACCUAUGUUUUUUUAAGGAUGUGCAUAUGACCACACAUUUUUCUACAAAUAAAAUGUGCUCAGUGCUACAUUACUUUUACCACGCCACAGAAUAAUAGUUGUAAAGCAUUGAGUGAAGGCACAAAUCAGGUCCACAAUUUCCAUGACAAGUCCCUCAACUGUCCAUUUGAUGUACAGAGUCAUUGACUGUUUGUCCUGUUGCUUUGUUUAGUUUGCUCUACUGCUUUGCAUGAACUAAGA